AUGGAUUUCAGAAAGCAGGGCAUGGAAGCAGAUGCUUUUAAGGAGGAAGACCAUAUGUCACAGCAGGCUGCCAGUGAUCUGGCAAGCAUGGUACCAUCUUCCAAUAUAACAAUUGAGAAGGUCAUGCCUUCUUUAUCCCUGGGUUGGGUUGACAAUACGAUGGACAGGACGGGAGAAACAGAUAAGUGGGAGAAGGAGUCAAAUAAACAUAAACUGGGAAACUCAGAAGGCCAAGCUUCUGUGGGAGGGAAAUCCCAGCACAUAGAUCAGAAGAAAAUGCCGGCUGAUACUCCGGGGCAGCAGGACCAGGUGAUGAAGCAGCAGAUGGAGCAGCUGCGAAGGCUGGUGGCUGAACAGCAGAAAAUCAUUGCACUUUACAACCCAGGCUUUUCUCCUGGGAUACCUUCCCACCUAGUAGCCAUGAUGCCACCCCUUCCGUGCUUUCCAGCUACUUUCAUUCCUGUCCAGUUCCCAUCAGAAAAUUCUUCCCAGGUUGAGAGCCCAGAGUGCUUACAGACCUCUCCCUUGGCAAUGCGCUCUGCUUGGCAAAGCAGAUCCCCGCUGUUCGUGCCAAACGAGAGCCGUUCAGAAAUCUCAGGAGAGCAAGUGCAGCUUUCAGAUUCAGUCAUCCUGCCUGUCAUACUGACAGAGAAAUUGGGCCUUGUAGAUAUAAAUGGAGCAGAAAGUCAUCAAAUUGGAAAAGCCAUGUUAUAUGAAGUAGGAAAUAACAGUCAAUUAAAAGAAAGGAGUUUCCCUGAAACUUUUUCUGCUGUCAAAGAAGAACAAAGAGAACAAGUAAAGGAGGAGAUUCCUCCAUCUCCCUUUGGCAUAGAGGGGAAGAUGAAGACUGGAAACAUAGAAGACAGGCCAAUCACACCAGCAAUUGGUAUUAGACAGAAGACUUCUGAAGAAUUUGUUGAAGAACAACUUGAAGUAGACAAUAAUCUCAUAGAAAAACAGCAGAAGGACCAGCAGAGCAAGGCAAAAGUAACACCUCGGAAGGCUUUUCUGAAACGAAAAGAAGGUAUGGCAAGGCUCAAAAAAAAUAAACAGAAGCCUUUAAAAGAAGACAGCAAGCAUCCCAGAAGAGCUGGUUUGGACUGCUGGGGUCAUUUCUCCCAGACUGGCCAAGGGGAUGCAGGCAUACUGCAGCCAGGGGAAUGCUCUCAGUUAAAUCUGCAGGUCAGUAGCUCCAUGCAGAUCGGUACACAUGAAAAAAAAGCAGACUGUGCUUUAGCUGAGUGGGAGAUAAAGGCUCAGAGUGACUGUGACGCAAAAGUAGGUGAGCAAAGUGCAGAAGAAAAAGAAGUGAUUGGGAGACAUGAAGAUGCAAAGGAAAAUCCUGUUGACUCACCACAGAGAAGGUGGCCUGAAAUCCUGCAACCAUGUCCUGAAACAGUAACAGAAAUGAACCUACAAGUAGGUGAGGAAAGGGAAACUCAUCAUACAGAUUCUCUAGGGCAAGCAGGCAGAACUGAUGGAAGACCUGUGGAGGGUACCCUGCAAAAGGACCUAGGUAGGGUGGAUCAGCCUCUGAAGGGUCAUCUCACAGAGAGAGCAAAAUCCACCUUGGAAGUCCUGCAAAAGCAUUCUCCACUUCAGAAUUUAGAAACAGAUGACAUCAAGGAGGCAGAGUGGAGUGCAGGCCCUGCAUUCACACAGGGUCAGAGGUGGGUUCAGGUAUGCCCACAGGAACUUGUUUCGGGGAGCCAGAGCUCAGAAAGCAAAAGACAAAUCCAUACUGAGUUUAAGAUGAUCAAUGAUAAGAUAGUAAAAAUUACAUGUAGCUCACCUGAGGCUGUGGAGAAGGGAAGCUCAUCCUCAGCCUUGCAGCAGGAGUGGCAAAGGAAGGGGACAACUGCGUCGACGUGGCAUGUUGCAUCUUUGUCCUGUGAGUCAAGCUGCUUAUCCUCCAACAGUGAUGAUGACCCCAAAUCUCACCAUGCUCAGUAUCCCUCCCAGCAUGGGCCUCAGGGAGUAGAUCAUACUGAUGGACAUUUGGAUCUCUCUGAUGGUGAUUAUGCUAGUGAUGAGCCCAGAGGAACUGAAAAAAUGUCUGUUAAGAAGUACAGCAGAUCACCCCCAAGGAAACAAGGUAUUCAAGCGAUCUCAAGACAACAGGAUCUCUCCUGUAGCACAAGCAGCAGUGAUUCCACUACUGGGGCUGUCAGGCUGAAAGGGAGCAAGGCUUGCUCUUCUCUUCAGCAGUCCCUAUUUCAUCUUGCAAGAUCGAAAAGGAGAGAGCGUGAGCCUGAAUCAAAGAAUGAGAAUAGGGCCAGGGAUGUUAAAAGCUUAGAUCUGCCAUCCUCAACAGUGGCUGGUGAGAUUCCCGCUUUCAAGAUUAAAGAAACCCCUGCAGUGGAGGAACCACAGAAAAAACUGUUUACAGACACGUUAGAUGUCUUUAUAGAAGAAACUCAGAACAUCCUUACCAGAGGAUUAGAGACUGGUGUAUAUCACGGAGGAACCCCUUUACUGACUAGAGUGAAAGAAGAACAAGAGAAAGCAAUGCAGUUUCGCAGAACACGAAUGGACCAGCUCAAGACUGUCAGGAGCCAGGAGCUGACUCACCCUUUGGAAUACAAUAAAGACCAAAUUCACCCACUUCAGAAAGAAAAAAUUGCCCAUAGCAAGUUCAAAGGAACAGCUAGAGUCACUGGAGAAAAUGUGAAGUCAGAAGAAAUACAAAUACUAAAACAGCAGAUUGCGGGACUGCAGGAGGAGUUCAAGAGAAAUGAGUCCUGCUGGCAUGCUGCCUAUGGCAAGCUGAGAGACCAGGUUGAGAUGCUGACCAGGCAGAACAUGGAGCUUCGAGAUGAGCUCAGAGUUUCAGAACAUCAGAGAUGGAAAGCAGAAAAACCCCCAGAAGCUGUGAAUUUCAUGGACAGAAAAUCAGAGACCCCGGUAGAAGAGGUGCUUACUGAUGGACGUCGGAUCAUCACUUUCCGCAAUGGUACUAAAAAAGAGAUCAGUGCUGAUAAAAGGAUGACUACGAUUAGCUUUUUCAAUGGAGAUGUAAAGAAGAUCAUGCCAGAUCAGAGAGUGAUGUAUUAUUAUGCAGAUGCACAGACAACCCACACUGCUUAUCCAGAUGGCCUGGAGGUGCUGCAGUUCCCUAAUAAUCAGAUAGAAAAACAUUAUCCUGAUGGCACACAAGAAAUUGUGUUCCCGGAUCACACAGUGAAAUGCCUCUAUAGUGACGGAUUCAAGGAAACUUUUUUCCCAGAUGGUACAGUAGUAAAAGUAGAAAAGAAUGGAGAUAAAACAGUGGUGUUCAGUAAUGGCCAGAAGGAGGUUCACACUGCGCAGUUCAAGAGGCGGGAGUACCCAGAUGGCACUGUAAAAACUGUGUACAGCAAUGGCAGACAAGAAACCAAGUACUCCACUGGACGAGUUCGAAUCAAAGAUGAGGAGGGUAAUAUCAUCCUAGACAAGAAGUGA